CCCACGCGACGCGGACGUCUGCGUUUAAUAAAAGAUUAAAAUGUCCCCAAUAAUGAAUUAUUAACGCGAGUGAAUAGAAUGGUUUAAAAUUCGGAGAUAAAACUGUUGAAGUUUUAUGCCGAUUUGAUUUUUAAAUAUUUUGUGGGUACAAAAAUAAAAGUCUGUUUACUAAUGUACAGAAGAAAAUAAUUAGUUAUAGAAUAUUUUAGUCUGUCAAUAGAUUGGACAUUUAUGUUCUGAUAUUCCAAUAAUUCAGCGAUUAGUUCUAGAAGAGAAGUUGUUUUGGAUAUAUUGGAGUUUAUUAAUAUAGUAAUUUAAUAUUGGUAUAUAGAAAUGGGGAAUUUAGCAGCACAGAUAAAAGCUGGCACAGAUCCUGAAAGUGUUGCAAAGAAAAAAAUAGAAGCAACUUUCGAAGAUGCGGUUGAACUGACAGGUCACGGAAAGUUCAACAAUUUCGUGUUAUUAACAUGCGGGCUGAUACUCCUGAACGUGUCAAUGGAAUCUGUGGGCAUCAGCUACGUCAUCACGGCAGCGGAAUGUGAGCUGGACCUCGGCAGUGAGCAUAAGGGACUUCUAAGCGCAUCAGCUUUUAUUGGUAUAGUGAGUACGUCGUUCCUAUGGGGUUUCCUAGGCGACCGGUACGGGCGACGCGCGGUGAUGACACCGGCCAUGCUGGCGUCCGUCGCGUUCUCGCUCGCGUCUUCCUUUGCGACUGAUGUCUGGACUAUACUGAUUCUUAGGAUAUUAACGGGAUGUCUUGUAUCCGCGUCUAGUGCGACAGUUUACGCGUACUUAGGCGAGAUGCACAUCAAGUCCCGAAGAGCUGCAGCCAUCGCAUGGGGCUCCGCGUUCAUAUCCUUCUCAUUUAUUAUAUUGCCAGGUCUCGCGUGGCUGAUCAUCCCCGGCGAGUGGACCUGGCAGUGGGGCUGGAUGACGAUAGGGCCGUGGCGCGUCUUCAUGUGGUUCUGGGGUCUGCCGGCGCUGGUUGCGAGCGCAGCGCUGAUCUCGCUGCCGGAGUCCCCGCGGCACGUGCUCGCCGCCAAAGGUCCUGAAGCUGCGUUGCCGAUCCUCGCCCGCAUGUAUGCUUGGAACCACGGAAAACCCGCUGACUCCUUUCCCGUGAGUAAGAUAACAUCGAGUACAGCGGAGUCUUGUCGCAGCGGGUUCGGUGAGGCGCUGCGGAACAUCUCGCUGAUGGUGCGGCCGCCGCUGGCGCGCUGCGUGCUCAUCUCACACGUCUCCAUGUUUGCCGUAUUUAUGCUAUCGAGCGGUCUGUACAUGUGGGUGCCGGACAUCCUCAACAAUAUCUUAAGCAGCAAAAGUCAACGAAGCAUCACGAUAUGCCAGAUUAUACACGACAAGUUUAAAGCAGCCCAGAAUAUCACGCACGAAGAGGGGUACCAUUUCUGCCGCACGGACGUGUCAGUCGGCGUGUUCCCCAUCUCCAUGGCAAUGGGCGCCUUAUUCGCAGUCGUAUACCUCGCCAUCGGGUUCCUUAUCAAUAGGAUAGGCAAGAAAACAUUGCACUGUGAGUAUUGUCCUUCUAGAUUUUAUAUAGUAGUUAGAAGUAUAAGUAACUGUUGCAGGGCAAUGGCGAUGUGCCUGAUGUACAUGGUGGGGCGCGCGGGCGCGGCUGUGGGCUCCAACCUGCUGGGCGCCACGCUCGACCUCCACUGCCAGCUCGCAUUCACCUUCCUUGGAAUCUUUGCUAUGUGCUCAACUAUACUAAUGUGCUUUUGGCCAAACCCGGAAGAAGUUCGUCGCAAAAUGGAAGAAAAGGGUCUAAGUUACUAGGAAAUUCGUGUAAACGAGACUGAUCGGUUAAAGAAUAAAUGUAAAUGUUUACACUAGUUCUUAAUGUAUGCUGCAUGUAUGAUUAAAUACUACAUUUUUAUUCCUUUUAA